CAGGCAGCAGCAGCAGCAGCAGCACAGAGCCGACAACCACUCUUUUUUAUUUUAACUAAAAAGGCAACUGCUAACAUUGGAUUUUCAGCUGUGGUGUCCCUGACGGUACGCAGGAUGAAGACCCAGUGACACUCCCAGGGAUGUGCUUUGACUCCACGGAGAGAGAAAAAAACAGUGGCCUCUUUUCGGUUUUAACGCUUUUCUCCAACGCCCCCUGUUUAGCGUUCUAGUUAGCUAGCUAACCCUGCUAGCUCCCUAUAGCGCUGCACAGCACAGCACUGGUCUCCUCCUCCUGGCUGUUCCUCAUCUUUCUCCCCGAAAAACUGGGCGACAAGCGAAGAUAGGAUCUCGUCGACUGAGGCCAGAUAAAGAGAGGGUGAGCUCACUCCCAACAAACAAACAGGGCAUCCGUGAUCUGAUGUGAGAUCCACGGAGACACUAUGCCUAGCCCUUUAUUCCACCCCGAGAUUAUGGACCACGACGUGGUGGUCAGCAGCCAACACAACGGGGUCGGUCUGCCCCGAGAGACAGACCAGGAGUCCCGGGAAGAGGACCACCAAGAGGCGCUCCGCUUUGCCCUGGACCAGCUGUCACUCAUGGCCCUGGAGAAGGUGGACUGUGGGGGCGGUGGUGGUAGUGGAGGUGGCGGGCUGGUCGACACUCUGGAUGGGACCCAGGGUCCUGGCUCCGAGGGCUGCAACGGCGUGGGCGGAGUGGGCUACGUGGAUCUACAGAUGCUGGAGCAUCCCAACGGGUCCCGGGACUCGCCGACGUCCUGCUCUCCAUCCCCGGAGUACUAUGGCUCGGGCGGGUACCACAUGGCCGGCUCGCACUCCAUGCUCCACGGGGAACAAAGCUCCGUCCUCUGCAGCAGGAAAAGAAGUGUCAACAUGACUGAAUGUGUGCCUGUCCCCAGCUCUGAACAUGUGGCUGAAAUAGUGGGGAGACAAGGCUGUAAGAUUAAGGCCUUACGUGCCAAAACAAAUACCUACAUAAAGACUCCCGUCAGAGGUGAGGAGCCAGUGUUCAUCGUGACGGGACGCAGGGAGGACGUGGAGAUGGCCAAACGUGAAAUUGUCUCUGCAGCUGAGCAUUUCUCUAUGAUCCGGGCGUCCCGCUGCAAGGCUGGAGGGCCUGGAGGCGGAGGAGGAGGAAGCAGCUCUCUGCCAGGACCACCACACUUACCUGGACAGACCACCAUACAGGUGCGGGUGCCCUACAGAGUCGUUGGUUUAGUUGUUGGACCAAAGGGAGCGACUAUCAAGCGCAUCCAGCAGCAGACUCACACCUACAUCGUGACACCCAGUCGAGAGAAAGACCCGGUGUUCGAGGUGACCGGCAUGCCGGAGAAUGUGGACCGAGCGAGGGAGGAGAUCGAGACCCACAUCACCCUGCGGACUGGAACCUUUGUGGACCUGCAGGGAGACAAUGACUUCCACUCCAACGGCACCGAUGUCAGUCUAGAAGGUCUGGGCGCUCUGAGCGGAGGACUGGGAUCGUCUCUGUGGUCCAGGGCUUCUGGCCACCAUUCUGCUCCCCCUCCUCCUCCACCCUCCCCACCUCCUCCUCCUAUUCCCAUGUCCAUGCAUCACUCCUCCAGCCGGAAGAUGUCCUCCUCUGUAGCCUAUCACACGCACAACGGCGGCAUGAGCUCAGACAACUUCAGCACCACUCGCAAGGCCAACGAGGGCGGCAGCCCCACCAGCCCCUUUAGCACAGGCUCCAGCAGCGCUGGAGGAGGAUUCACUUUCGGGGGCGACUCCACCCCGGGACUGCCCUCUUCAGAUGAACUGGGCUUUGAGUUUAGCGCCGCCAACAUCUGGGCACCUUUCGUCAACGGUGGAACAGGCAAUAAGACGGCCGGCUCCUCCCAGCAGCAGCCUCUACGUAGAAACAGCAGCGGCCUCAGCGGUGGCGCCAUCACUCCACGAUUGUCUCCGACUCUGCCUCAGGACACGGGCGUGGGCCCCCUGGAUCACCCGCUGGCCCGCCGUGCACAGAGCGACCCCCUCAGCACUCUUUCCUGGCUACAGUCCGGCAACGCGGGAGGGGGCUCCUUCUCCGGAGCGUCCAGCUCCAGCUCGGGCGGCUCGUCGACCGGUUACUCCUCCUGCUCGGCCUCCUCCCUGCCCGGCGGCUCGCCCACUGACUCCGAGGGAGGUGGCAGCGGCGUGGGCCUCAGCUCGGGGAUGCUGAGUCGGCUGAAAAGUGGUUCUGGUCCUGCGGUCGCAGGUCUGGUCGGCGUCAGCCCCGGGAUCAACAGGGACUGCUUUGUGUGUUUCGAGAGCGAGGUGACAGCAGCCCUGGUGCCUUGUGGCCACAACCUCUUCUGCAUGGAGUGCGCCGGGCAAAUCUGCCAGUCAGCUGAGCCGGAGUGCCCCGUCUGCCACACCCCCACCACACAGUGCAUCCGCAUCUUCUCCUAAUGCCCCAGCAGGGGGCGGGACGGGGAGGGGGGUAGAAUUUGAGGGGGGUGGGGGCCGGAGUGGGGCACCAGCUGUGGCGGAGGCGACGGAAGGAUUCACACUAAUAACUUUCACACACACACAUGGUGGACCAUAAUAAAUGCAUAAUAGAGAUGAUGAUACUAUACGGAUGUUGAUUUAUUGCUGAUAACUGUCAAGAUUAAUAAUAACAAAAAUAAUAAUGACAAUGACUUAUUUUCAGAGUGAAGUUAAUUGAAACUGGUCUGCAGACAGUUGGGGCUCAGACAGUCUCUCGGUGGUGAACUUAUGGAAGGAAACUAGUGUCUUAUCUCUCUUCAGGCCUUCAUUUUGACCCGGAGCAGCCCGCGCCGCUGGCUGCCGGUCUGUCUCCACAUUUUCUUCAUUCUGGCUUCUUCAGAUCUCUGCCUGCUUUCUCUCUCACAGCCUUUCCUUUUGACACUUUUGUACUUAACAGAUAUUUUUCGAUGAAGCUGUCAAUGAGGCCUGCACUUUUCUAUUCCCUUAUUUUAAUGUUCUUGACAGGACGCAAACCGUUCCAACAACAACACCCCCCCAGCCCCCCACCGCUCUUGCUUUCUCCUCUGGCUCUCACUCAUGCUGUUGUUUGUGACAUGAAGUGGCGGGGGUUGCUAUUUUUCUGUAAACUUGGAACUUUUUUAAAGGUCCCCAUGUAGUCAGGCACCUAUCAGAACAAUACACGCAGGAUGAUUUUUUUUGUUGCCACACAAAAAAAUAGCCAUCAGUAAUGCCAAAUGACCUCUGUUAAUAGACUUAAUUCUUGAUCAAAUUCAGUAACCUGUUGGAUGAAAUUGGAAGCCCCACAUUUCAAAUGUGGCGGCUGCAUCAAUCACACUAAUUAUUCUCUUGAGUAAGUGAGAAACGUACCGUAACUGUAGGAAUGUGUCUGAGGUCUGUACGUUUGGGCUGCCUGACAAUCCCUUUUCAUCUUUCUCUCUCGCGUGUUUAUGUGUGUGUGUGAAUAGUGCCCACUCAUUAUCGGUCUGCUGUCUGUCUCGCUGCCCCUCUCCUUCACUUCACUCUCUCAGUCUUACAGGAAGUCUUUGCUCUGAUCCAUCCACACCGGGACAUUUCCCCCUCACAUCCUGUCUGUUACACUCAGAUCGGCUCGUUUAGCGUUUUCUACUAGUUUUUGACUCUUUGACUGUCAAUUGUGUGGCUCGCAGACAUAUUUUGAACUCUAGGACGAGAUAGGGCUUCUCUGAUGUCACACGUGAAUGUGUUUUUGUCCAGUAAGGUUAUGGAGAGACAUGAAACAAUAACAAGGGGCUUGAUUGAACCAUUUUUUUUUUCGCAUUGCACUGUAACUUCCCGCCCCUCUAAAAAGGAAAAAAAAAGAAAAGAAACAGCUCUUACUGUUUUUAGUUUUUGGUCUUCCACCCCACACUCACAGCGAAGCUGUAUGGCACUCUCUCAGACGACGCACCGUCAUAUAGCGCUGUGCUCCCGGCCAAAUGUGGUGCACUAUAUGGUUAGUUGUUUGAGAUUUGUCCUUUUGUUUUCAUAGCAUUACUGAGUAACUCCCGACGAGGCGGUUGCAUCCUGUUUUGUGUUAGUGGUUUUUAAAGAAUUCAGUGUGAGUUUGCAGUAACUGCCUCCUAUAGUGUUAAUACUGUACGUAUGAUGCGGGCGAUGGUACACGUGAGUGGCCCUUUUUGGAGCGUGCUUGGAAUCAGCUCAUAGAAUGAGACAAGCCAUGACAACAGAAUUAAAACGACACACCUAAUUCUCGAAGGGCUUCCUCUGACUGCACAGACACAUGAUCACAUUUUCAGGCUCACACGGCGCAGUAGGUAGAACUUAUCCUUUAUGGCAGCUAGUAGCUAGGUCAUCCAGGGCUUCCAGACACGCUUUGUGUUCAAAUCCCAGCAGCUGCAGAAUGUUUUGCUUGUCAUUUUAUUUUAAUUAUACGUUCGAACUGUCCCUACACAGUCAUCACAUCCUGUCAAUAGGGCGUCGCAGUGUGUCCUCCUCUGUGGACGUAGUCUCAGAUCAGGAUGGGUUGUAGGGUUUUAAUAACAAAGGAAAAAAGGGUAACUCUAGUUGAGUAAAAUAAUUGGUGAGAAACGGGCAGUUGCUGCUGUGCUUUGGUGCUCCAGCCGGUAUGAUGUUAAACUUAUUUGCUGUCUGACUGUUCGUUUGCUACUUUAGGCGACGAGGGCCGCACAGAGGAAUCUAAUAAGCCGCUGUCCUGGUUGAGCACAGCAGUGCGCUAAUUGUAGGAAAAAAAACCUGCCCAGGAGCUGAACCAGUAGUCUUUGUGAAGACUAUCCCAUGGUGCUUUGGUGCAACUCUCUACUGAAACACGGCGGUGAACAAACCCAGCUGGUAGUGGGGGGACUUUUUAGUUCGCAGACUGAACUUCUGCAGUGCACUGUAGAGCUCGCAACCCUGUUCAUACUCUCGUUGAAACUGGCAACCCACCCCCGUCGUCGGGCUCUGAUGUCAAACAUUUCGUCUCGUGCGCACUCGGAACAGAUGCAGGGCCGUUAACGCGUCCGAAAGAACAGAUCAGUCGUGUGAGUCUGUCGAGGACGAUCUUAAAGCCCUUUUUUUUUUUUCUCAAACUGUCCAAGUCGACGUGUUCAAGGAAUAAAACAUGUUGUAUUUGCCAGAUGAUGUAAAUCCUGGUGUUGCACUAGGAUGUUUCUGGCCAAUGAGAGAAUGUUAGGGUUUAAUGUACAGUAGUUUCAUUGUUAAAAAGGUACAAAGUUUUUCAGAUUGACUGCUGAUUUUUAUUUUUUUUUAGCCAAACUUAUCCCCUCCCCCACUUCCUUCCGAAAGGUUUGAAAACAGGGUUUCCUGAGGCAUGCUAGCCAGUGACCUCUGACCUUUUUUUUGUGAUUAGAGGGGGGGGGGGGGGAGUGCGAAGAGAGCCACGCCAGUAAGGGGUGACAGACACCCCUCAAGCCUCCGCUCUCCUAUUUUUUGCUUUAAUUCUCUUUGUAUGCAGAACCAAAAUGUAAAACGUCAGCAAACUAGGUUUCAGGCCUGACCUGUGUGUAUAUACCCUGAAUACAAUCAUUGGGAUCUUGUUUUUCAAAAGCAAAAUGACUUAAUUGAAGAUAAGUGUAGUUUCUAAAGAACAUGUAUCAUUAUUUGUAAGUUAACCAUCUGCAUGUCUUCAAGCCACCUGGCAUUAGCUAAUAAUUUUUAAGAUAAAAAAAAAAAACUUUUUACACAUUUUAUUUUUUACAAUUUAUUUGCUUACCUAAAUAUCCCAGACAAUAAUGUGACCCUUUUUAUUACUUCAAAUUUAUUUUUAUUUUCCAUUUUUUUAUUUUCCUUAUUUCCUGUGUACUACAUAUAGGCAAUUUAUAACAAAAUGAGAAAAUUAUUGAAGAAAUUUUAAAAUUGAAAUAUAUUUUAUUUGAAAGUUUAUGGACCUUUUAACCGUGAGCCGGGAAAAAUUGUAUAAUCGUAUAAUUUGAGCUGACUUGACGGUUAUGAGAAAUGUAUCAAGAGUUUUAUUUUUUAUGCUUCUUUAAUAAAGUCUUGUUUUUGGUUUCAUUUUUUUACUGUAAAAUAAGAA